AUGCUUGCCGUCGUCGCUGCCGCGCCUCUAGCCGGAUCCUCCGCGUCGCAUGCUCGCGUUUGGUCUCUCUCUCCAUCAGUCUCUUGCUUGGUGUCGAGUUCGCCGUCGACGAGGAAGCUUUGCCACCGUUUCUCCAGUGCUUCGCAUACGGGGAUACUAACUAAGAGCAAAUUAGUUGCUAUUGAUGCUGGAAACAGGGGCUACCCUCUGAAUAAGAUCUGCUACAUAUACUAUCAUCUACUCCUAGACAUCCAAACCUCAUUGAGCACACCAGUGAGAAAGCCAAGGAAGCUAAAGAUAUACAAAAUGGAUCCUAAACAGAAGAUGAAAGUUAUUGCCUGCUUGAUUUUACAUUUCGAAUUAAUGAAUGACCUUAUGGUUAAGUUGUUGAUAAUUUGCUAUGUUUUGAUUAUAUUGCAAUUGAAGAAAAAGAAAAGAAAAUGGAAUGAUAGUUAUAGUAGGCAAGGAUGGAAGGUUAGAACCAAGUAG